AUGCAGGAGUCUCCAGGAGCCAUGGGUGUAGAUGGCAGCUACGCCAGCAAUGUUCCAGCUUUUCUCACCAAGCUGUGGACCCUGGUAGAGGAUCCAGAUACCAACCACCUCAUCUGCUGGAGCGCUACUGGGACUAGUUUCCAUGUGUUUGACCAGGGACGCUUUGCCAAGGAAGUUCUGCCAAAGUACUUUAAACACAACAAUAUGGCGAGCUUCGUUAGACAGCUCAACAUGUAUGGUUUCCGUAAGGUGGUGAACAUUGAGCAGAGCGGUCUGGUGAAGCCUGAAAGAGACGAUACAGAGUUCCAACAUCUGUACUUCCUCCAGGGACACGAACACAUGCUGGAACACAUCAAGAGGAAGGUAUCCAUAGUGAAGAGUGAAGAGACCAAAGUUCGUCAGGAGGACCUCAGUAAACUGCUGUAUGAAGUUCAGCUUCUUAGAACACAACAGGACAACAUGGAGUGUCAGAUGCAGGACAUGAAACAGCAGAAUGAAGUGCUGUGGAGAGAGGUGGUCUCACUGAGACAGAACCACACACAGCAACAGAAAGUCAUGAACAAGCUGAUUCAGUUUCUGUUCAGCCAGAUGCAGUCCAACACACCCAGCACUGUGGGCCUAAAGAGAAAGCUGCCCCUGAUGUUGGACGAUGGAUCUCCCAGCCCUCCUGCUUCCAAGUUCAGCCAUAGUCAUCAAAUGGAGCCCUUGCACGAGCCCUUCUACAUCCAGUCGCCAUCCAGUGAAACCGCUUCUUGCUCUACCAGUGGGCUGACAGGAGGACCAAUCAUAUCAGAUGUUACUGACAUGUCUCAGGCCACCAUGACCCUCCAGAUGCAGCCUGAUGAGACCAGGGAGAAGUGCAUGAUGCUCAUCAAAGAGGAGCCUGUGAGUCCAGGAGUGAGAGGAGGAGGGAAAGGAGGCAGUGUAGGGGGAGGAGAGGCAGUAGCGUUGACCUCCCCCUGUGAGGUGUGCUCCUCAGAACCUCCUGUCCUCCCCGUCGCAAUGGUCCAGUCUGUUCUGGAGGGGAGGGGAUCUGUAGCCUCUAUGGUGGAGAGGAGGAGUAAGAGGCCUGCCUUGGACAGAGUGGAGGUUUCAGAUACAGUGGAGAAUGUGGAUAUGAGCCUGGAGGAGCUGCAGCAGCUGCUGCUCAGGAGCCAUCAGCAGAGUACUGUGGAAGCUGGGACCAGCACUGUUAUGGAUCCCUUCAGUUUAAGCCUGCCUCUGGCAGAAUGGAACUUCACAGAGAUAGAGUCCAACCUCAAAUCAUACAUGUUCCAGAACCAGGAAGCGGAGGCCUUUCCAGCUACUGGCUGUGAGGAACAGUGAUCAAUCUGUGCUGUGGACUCUCCUUUCUAAAGCGGAAGGCCACAGAAGCUGCGGAUCCCCUCAUUAUUCCACUCUUCAUGAGUUUGAUCCCACGGCCCUGACAGGCUGUUUCUUACACAUUGCUUUGUUCACAUUCCCGUACCUACAAAAUGCAGUAAUGAAAAAGCUUAUAUUUACUGGUCAGCUGACUGCCAGUGGACCUUUCAACUACCAGCUCUGUGGGCACGACCGCUGCCUGCCUGAGGAGAGACACUGGUCUAAGUUUUCCAUAGUUACCCAAACAAAGAAGCGUGAUAUGACAUAAUCAUAUAUAGACUCCAAUAUUAAGCCAGCUGGAUGCAGACAGUGCAUUCUUGGCUCCAGCACUUUAAUCUUUGUGUGAGAGGGAGUUCCUGCUUGUGGACGUGAUUUUUUCUUCCUACUGUAUAAAGAAUCUACUACGGAUGUACAAAUGAAUAUUUUUAUCAUUUUAUCCUUAUUACAAAAAUACUGUAUUUGUAUCCAAGAGAAAACUUUGACAAAAAAGACGCUGUGAAAAACCAUCUUGGGGGGGCAAUGUAGCAUACUGUAUAUUACAAGUUACGUGAAUUUUUUUCAGUCUGUGAAAGGGUGUAGAAAUUUAAAGGGCUCCUCGUAUACUUCAUGGAUUUCAAAUCAUGAUAAAUGUGUUGAGAUAGAUCAGAGGUGAGUUAGCCUUCUGUGAUAUGAAAGUUCAUCUAGCAAAAAUAUGGAUUCAAGCCACUCUAAAAUCCAUUAAGAAACCUUUAGCAUAUCAUGAUAGGAGGUUUGACACACUUAAGCACUCAUCUAAUGUAUCUUUGCACAGGCCUGACAUGUAGCCAGAGACUUAGAGUUACUUCUCUUCUGUCCAUUUAAAUGUGAAGUUUAAAAGGAAUUAUUAAAAGAUAGACUUCUCAUUUGACAAAACCAUGAACACCACUGCAUUUUUGCACAAUCUGUAUCACUAGUUAUAUAUAGUUAUGACAACAGGUCAUUUAUUUUCUGUUUGUAGAUGACCAACACUUUGUUGCUCUACACAUGCAUGUCUAAAAGAGAAACUGGCCACAAUAACAGGGUUUUCCAAAAGCAAAAUUUAGAGACACAAGGUCUCUUAAUGUUACUACCGUUUUCACUUGGAAACAAAGGCCACACGUUGACUCAAGACUCAAGACCCUGAUAAACAGUCAAAACAGUGGGAUACUAUUUUUCAUACUUUCUAAAAAAAAAAAAAAGAAGAAAAAAAACAAAAAACAAAUACUCAACUGUCCAGGAGCCAGUCUUAAAAAGAUUUCAUUAUGGUUGACUGUGUUUCAUUAAAUGUAUGGUGGGGUGGUUACUUGAGAAUUUAAUCUGUUAUAAAACCAUGAAUACCUGGUUGAAAAAAAUGCAUUUUAAUUCUCUGGAUUUCCAAAAAUCAUUAAUAACUAACUGAUUAUGCCAUUUGAUGUAAAAUACUAGUCCUAAGCACUGGUUGCAGGCAACAGUUUAAAAGGUUAACUUAGUGCUAAACAUUCUUCUGGGAAACUUCCAGGAGAUUAUUUGCAUCGUGCAAUACUGUACAGAACUGUGAGAACUCACAAAAUUGCAAUACAUGGAUGACCAUAGGAAUGUAGGAAACAGCAACUGUGAGUGGUGGACUGGAACACACCAUAGUAAGAUGCACUGCAGAAGGACAAUGUUAGCCUGUGAGUCUAAAAGCUAUCUCUUUACACUGAGUUGGACAAAAGCCUCAACUUUACAAUUUUGGGGAGGCGCACGGCAGCUAAAAUGUACAUAGCCUCUAGCGAGGAGAAGGCAGCUAUGUGCACAGCUUCGUAGCUAUGAUGUAACCCCUAAACACAUAAACAGAACAGCAGUACAUUUCUCCCCUGUGUCAAUCUAAAAGCCCUGCUAGCUCUCUACGCAGAGGUGGACAGAAGCCCUAAUUUGUAGUCACAUUUUUUGGGAGGUACGCAUCAGCUACAACAUAGCCUAUGGUGAGGCUAUGUCGAGGUUAUGACAGAUAAGUACGUAGCUUUGUAGCGCAGAACUAGAAAUACAGCUUUAGGAACACUUUUUUGCGCUGAUUAGCUUCUACAAUUUGUCCUGUAUGAAUCUAAAAGUCAGGCUAGCUCUAGUCAGGCCGAAAGGAUUUAAACCAACUAAACGACCGGCAACUCCAUCGUCAGAGCUACACACUGCUGCUAGCAAGGCUAUAAAUCAGGGCAGCCAUUUGCAUUAGCUUUUUGAAAAGGGCUAACAUUGCAUUUUAUCAGUGAUGUACUUUUGAAUUCUUGUGUACUACUACUACUUAUGACUUCCAACUACUUUUACUUUCUCAUUAUCAAUAUUGUAACUACUGAAUUUAUAAUACUGGAACUUUGCAUCUAGAUUUGGUAGUGUGGUUCUGCGAAAGUUGAAAAACAAAUUCCUGACAUAGACAUGAUUACAGUUGGGGUUUUAUAUGUCUGAAUUAAGAGAGGGAAAAAGUGAAAGUGCAGACUUAACUAAACAUUAUAUUAUUUUUGCCAAAUUAAAAGGCUAACGCAAACUGCCCCCUGCAGGGUGACAUUUUUGUGACAGACCUCCCUUCUCAGUGCAUGCUUCAGGAGAAGAGCGAAAAAGCAAGCUGUGGUGUAUAACAAGUGAAAUUGCACUAAAAAUCACAGUUGUAUGAGUAUACGGUAUAUUUUAGACAUAGCAUUUAUUCUUGUUCCUCAUAUGAGUGUGUUAAUGAUUUUUUUCAAGGAGUGAUGAACGCAUACAUUCAGUUGCUGUUGUGUUCUUAAUUUAUUCUGUUUUCCAUUUUAAUCAUUUGCACUGGAAAUGAACGGAUGUGUGUUCAAAUGACAUUUAUGCUUGUCAGGAUUGCAAAUAGAUGAGGAAGUAUUUUUGUUAACUGAGUGAAAAGACCUCUGCUGUAACAAAGCCUGGCAUCCCAAAAGCACUUCUACACUAUGAAUGGACAACAAUACAUUAGCAAAUCAAUACAUAUAACAUAAUAAUUAAAGAAUCAGCAAAACCCUUUAUUAUUACAACAAAGUACACCCGCUGUCUACAAAGACACGGACAAUCUUAUUACUUAAAUGCUUUUGAAAGUGGGCCACAAUCUUCUGAAAAUGUGUUUUAAAUAGUUUUUUGCAAAGACUAAAAUGUAAUGUUACAGAGAGUCAAAAAAACUGAAAUGUAUUACACCUUUGUAUGAAAUAUUUAAGUUGUACAAACAAAUAAAAGUGAAAGAAAGCAGACACAGAAA